AUGGAGACCGAACCAGACGUCCCAGUGGCGUCCUCUUCGACGUCUCAUCUGCUCGACGCCGAAACGCUGCUCUCAACACCUGCCCACGCUCUUUCGCAGGCGACCAUUGGCGCCUCGUUGGAGAACAUUCCGACCGCCCAGCGUCUCGUCACCUGCACCAACCUCGUGCUGAGUGGCAAGUUUUACGACCAGAAUGUUCUGCGUCUUAUUGUCGACGUCGGCCUGCGAGCCGGGUCUGAAGAGGUCGAGCUCUUGGAAGGCGACGUGCGCUCGCGCCUCGAAGAGAGCCACGCGACCAAGGGCGACGGCUGGGAAGGAUGGUCGCAGGACGACGUGCAUGCCCAGCUCCGGGCUGUGCUCGACAGUGACGAGCCCCGACAUGUGGUUGCGCGAUGCCUCGCUGUCCUGCAACAGGCUCGUCGUCGCCUGGACACGUUUGACACCUUCCACGCACCCCGAACCCCUCCACCAGAACCAAUAGCCGGAACGCCGGCAAAGCAAGCCGAAGAAGACAUUGCAGCCGAGGACGAUGACCCCUGGGACGACGACCCGUGGGCAGAGGGCGGCGACGAUGAGGACGAUAACGACGAGAUUCCACCCAUACUCGACGACCCGUGGGCCGAGGACGCGAGUGAGGACGAGGAGCCGGUACCACUGCCAAAGGCGGACACGGCGACGCCGGACUCUGCUGAGCCACAGAACCCACCGAUAGACCCUUCCACUUUUAUCCUGCAGUCGGUCGUCUUCUCUGCGCUCUAUUUCGCAACGUCAGCUCACCUGACUGCGCUGCGGGUCGUGUGCCAGCGCCACUCGUCCGACAUUUGGCCGUACCGCCUGGCCAUUGUCGAGGCCAUCCCAGGCUGGGUGUCACCCGCCGACGACGACGUCCUGGCCUUGUUGCCAUCGGCUGGCGAAGAUGGAGAAGGACGCGCAUGGCCCAAGGGCAAGGUAGUCGACACACCGUGCUUCCUCGACCUUUUGGUUCCUCAUUUCGGCCCUGCAUCCCUCGGCCCCGCUGCUGCCCCGGCACUGCUUCCCAACCGCAAGGACGACACGCUGUCAAGCGACGGUAUCUCCGAGUGGUACACAGACCGCGUGUUCGCUCUUGACGACCUCGGUCUUUUGGACUCACAGCUCACCUGGGUGCAGCAUGGUGCCGCCCUCGGUGUUGGAGGCCUGGACGCCAUUGGGGAGGACCUCUCGCUCCUCUCACGCCUCAUCUAUGAUGCCAACCUCACACCCGAGCAGCUUGGACAGUGGUCACUGGCAACAUGGCGUACCGCCAGCGAGGAGGAGAUUGUCAAGGCGUAUCUCUCCAACUCUACCCCGGACAGCGUCGUCGACGACAUUCGCCGUCUCGUCCUUCCUUACCUCUACGUGCUCGAGUCUCGUGCCGAGCGUGCUGGCAAUGCCGAUCCAGGACUGGUCCAGAGGAUGCUUCACAGCGCCAUCCUCGAGCUUCCCCUCGACCUUGCUCUUCCCUGCUUUGAGGCAUCAAAGGCCACCCUGCGCGCACCCGCCCGUCUCAUCAAGGACGACCAGACGGUCGCUCGCAUGGCCCUUGCGAUUCUUUACGGCAGCGACCAGCGCGACGCCUACAAGACCAUGUCGGCCAUUUUCGAGUGUCUCCCCGUGUGGGACGUGUCUGGCGGCGACCCAGAGUCGGACCGCGAAGCGACGGCCACCACGCUCGAGUCCAUUGCCGACUUUGUGCGGCCCACCGUCUCGAGCGCGGGUGCGCAUUCCGCCCCGGAGCUGUUCAUCUUCUUCAAGCCCCUCCCCUUCUCAUCCCUGUCCCGCGCCCUUGACAUUCUCGACAUGCAGCUCAUGUCGGGCGAGGUCCUCUCGCGAUGGGAGGUGCCCGUGUACCUCCGCACUCUGCUUCAGUCGGCGCGUAACCACGACGAGCAGGUGACGCUCGCCGAGAAGAUGGUGCGCCGGCAGGCCACCCGCAAUGCCGACGAGCGUGUGUGGGUGGCUCUUUGGGAGGACAUGGACAGGCUCCAGAGCGGCGGCGAUUCACUCCUCCGUGGCGCGUUUGGCAUGCUCUCAAAGGAGGAGCUUAUGCGCAUCUUCCUCGGCGGAGUGCUUUCUGCAGGCAACUUUGCGACUGCCAAAAAGGUCAUUCGUCGUCUCGAGCCCGAGGGACACUUCACCCCGGAGAGUCUCGAGGAUGUGGUCCUUACCACGUCCAAGGAGUUUUACAUGCGCGCCGAGACGGGCAACAUUCACACUGGCGACAUGAAGCUGGCUUACGAAUGCCUCUCUGUUCCCCCCGAGACUCCUGCUAUUCACGCCGAGCGCGACUUUAUCCAGGCCACUUCGCGCCUGACCACCUUCCGCUCCCUCUCAAACCUCACACCAGCCGAGAUCCGCCACACCACCAACAAGCUGGACCUCAUCCGCCGUGUCCUCUCCACCUCGGACGAUGCGUACAGGCACACGGGCAUCAUCCUCGAGCUCACCGACAAGCUUGGCUACGCAAAUGACCAAGCUGCCCGCGCCGAAGUUCUGGCCAUGCUGGUCGACGCCGCCGUGGCCGCCGAGGACUGGGACCUCGCGCGCGACCGCGUCGACGAAAUGGUCGGCAUGGCCCAGCCAGACCUCGGCGAAGGGUCCGGUGACGACGAGGCGGCGCACAAGCUCCGUGCCGUCGUGUGGCGGUCGUGUCUCGCCCUUGGCCGCCAGGCUCAGUACCCCGACCUGGGCGGGCGCAUGGCGCUGCUGGCCCAGGCCAUCGCGCUGUGUCCGCCCGACGACGUGCCUGUCAUCCUCCCCAUCUGGCGCAAGGUCGAGGCAGAAGUCGCCGCCCACCCCGAGGUGCUCCACAUGACCCGCUCCACGAGCAGCAGCGGCACGCCGCCGUCGUUGAACCUCCCGGCCGGCGGCGAGGAACGCGUCCUCGGCUCGCGGACUGCGGCGCGCGCAGCGCGCCUGGCCCUCGACCUCGGCCACGGUCUGCGCUCAUUCACGGGCUCGCCGGCCCUGGGAAGCGCGCGCUCCCCCGACCUCUCCCGCCACGACAGCCGCGACUCGCGUGACUCGCGUGACGGCCAAGGUCAAGGUCAAGGUCAAGGCCACGGUCACGGAGGAGCGUUGGCUGCGCGUCGGGACAGCUCGUCGGCCAGGCGUGACGCCGCGGCCCUGUUCGACGACGGCGACGAGGAGAGCGUCCGUGCCGUCGGCCGCCGUGCGCUCGUUCGCGGCGUCGGAUGGCUGCUCGGCGCCGAGGAGGGCGAGAUGUAG